ACAGCGUCCCUGAUGAGUACCGCUGCGGGAAGGCGCUGGGGCCAGUGGAAUCCAUCCAGGAGCACCCGCGGGAUGGCGGCCGCCUCCUCAUCGGCUACAGCCGAGGGUUGGUGGUUCUUUGGGAGCAGAACACACGUGUGGUCCAGCACCUCUUCCUGGGGAACCAGCAGCUGGAGAGCCUGGCCUGGGAGCAGAGCGGGAAGAGCAUCGUCAGCUCCCACAGCGAUGGUGGGUACAUGGUGUGGGCGGUGAGCGGCGCCGGCCAGAGGACCCAGCAGCCUGUCAUGUCCACCAUCCCCUACGGUCCGUUCCCUUGCAAAGCCAUCAGCAAAAUCCUCUGGCGGACCUGUGACUCGGGGAACCCCUUCAUCAUCUUCAACGGGGGGAUGCCGCGGGCCAGCUACGGCGACCGGCACUGCGUUAGCGUGCUGCAGGGCCAGACCUUGGCCACGCUUGACUUCACCUCCCGCGUCAUCGACUUCUUCACCGUGCAGAGCUCUGAGGCAACCGAGGGAGGCUUUGAGAACCCCCAUGCCCUCGUGGUGCUGGUGGAGGAAGAGCUGGUGGCCAUCGACCUCCAGACGCCGGGCUGGCCCACCAUCCCCGCCCCCUACCUGGCGCCACUCCACUCUUCCGCCAUCACUUGCUCCUGCCACGUCUCCAACGUGCCCCUCAAGCUCUGGGAGAGGAUUGUCAGUGCUGGCGAGCAGCAGAGCCCCCGGCUCUCCUCUGCUGCUUGGCCCAUCGAUGGGGGAAAAAACCUGGCCCAGGAGCCCACGCAGAGGGGGCUUCUCCUCACUGGGCACGAGGAUGGCACGGUGCGGUUCUGGGACGCCUCAGGGGUCUCCCUGAAACCCCUCUACAAGCUGGGCACCGCCAGCAUCUUCCAGACAGACUGUGAGCAUAACGACAGCCUCAACCAGGCGGGCGAGGAGGAGUGGCCGCCUUUCCGCAAGGUGGGCUGCUUUGAUCCCUACAGCGACGACCCACGCCUGGGCGUGCAGAAGAUCGCUCUCUGCAAGUACACGGCCAAAAUGGUGGUGGCUGGCACGGCAGGGCAGGUGCUGGUGAUGGAGCUGAGCGAUGAGAAGUCGGAGCAUGCGGUCAGUGUGGCCACGGUGGACCUGCUGCAGGACCGCGAGGGCUUCACCUGGAAGGGCCACGACCGGCUGGCGCCCAGGAACGGGCCCCUGCCCUUCGCCCCUGGCUUCCAGCCCAGCGUGCUAGUGCAGUGCGUGCCCCCCGCCGCUGUCACCGCCGUCACCCUCCACUCCGAAUGGAACCUCGUGGCUUUUGGCACCAGCCAUGGCUUCGGGCUCUUCGACUAUUACCGGCGCAACCCCGUGCUGGCCAGGUGUACACUGCACCCCAAUGACUCGCUGGCCAUGGAGGGGCCCCUGUCCCGCGUGAAGUCCCUGAAGAAGUCCCUGCGACAGUCCUUCCGCCGCAUCCGCAAGAGCCGGGUGUCAGGCAAGAAGAGGCUCAAUGCCAGUAGCCCCUCCAGCAAGGUGCAGGAGGCUAACGCGCAGCUGGCUGAGCAAGUAGGACCCCCCGAAGUGGAGAUGACGCCCGUGCAGCGGCGGAUCGAGCCCCGCUCAGCUGACGACUCGCUCUCAGGGGUGGUGCGGUGCCUCUACUUUGCCGACACCUUCCUCCGAGACGGUGAGACCCACCCCCCCUCCUUGGGAAAAGCCCCCAAGCUUCGCUGCAUCCGCAAAGAGGACAUCAGUGGCAUCGCCUCCUGCGUCUUCACCAAGCACGGCCAGGGUUUCUACCUAAUUUCGCCAUCCGAAUUUGAACGCUUCUCACUGAGCGCUCGGAACGUGACGGAGCCACUGUGUCGGCUGGAGGUCACCCGGCUCCAGGACACCUCCUGCCUCAGCAACAGCUCAACGGUAACGCCGAAGCUGCCGCAGGCAAAUGGCACCCACGUCCCGUGCAGCCCCGAGGGCCAGCACUCCCCCAGCGACAGUGACCGGUCUCCCGAGGAGCACCUGGCUGCCUUCUCUCCUGGCUCCAUCGAUUCCCCCAACAGCAGCAUGGAGAACCCGCUGGAUACCACCGGGGACAUCACCGUGGAGGAAGUGAAGGAUUUCCUGGCCUCCUCAGAGGAAGCGGAGAGGAACCUGAGGAACGCCAGCGAGGACGAGGCCCGGCCCGCGGGGAUCCUCAUCAAGUGAGGCAUCACCGGCCUCCCCGGCCCAUCUCAGUGCUCGGAUUCCCGGGACACGUGACUCGACUGGACCCCCGUGUCCCCUCCCCGCAAUAACGUAGACUCGCCUCUUCUCUAACAUCCUCUCCGGCCGCCGGCGCACCCCGGUUCUGGCACGCUCCCCCAGCGCCUCCCUGCCUGGCCGCUGGCCCUCCCACCCUCCUCCGCCGGCCUUGAGCUGGGGCAGGGGUGCCCGUGGUGCACAAACUCUUCCCAGUGGAAGAUAAUUUUCUUUUUUUUUAUAUGCGGUCCAGUGUCACUGUCCCCUGCUCGAGCCCCCUUCCUGGGGGAUGCUGCUGCUUCCCCAGCUCCACAGGGAGUGCUGGGGCUCAUGGGACCCCCCUCAUCCCCUGGUUUUGGUCCCUUGGGGAGGUGGGGGGCCAGGAGCCCCCGGGCACAGCCCCCCCGGUACCCCAGUCUGCGUUUACAUGCCCAGCUCCCUGCAGUUUACAGCCCCGGCCCAGGCCUCCGGUUGCCACCCAGGUCUCCGUCCUGGGGGAGCCCAGCGUGGCCCCCCCUGGCUCCCCAGGUGGGCACCGGAGGUCUUGAGCAGCCCUGGGAAGGGGCAGGGACACACACACACACACACACACACACACACAGGGAGAGGGGGGGUCACAGGUGGCCUUUUUCUCUUAGUGGCUUCUCCAAGGGCUAUUCUCCAGGUUGGGCUCCAUGCCUGCUGCUCCUUUCUGACACUAAUUCCUGCCACAGGUGGGUUUGGGAUGGGACCGUGCUGCAGGGGAGACACGCUGGCUCCUGGCCCUGGUCCCUGCUGGUGCUGGAGGUGGUGCGGGGGGGCUACAGAUGGGGCGCAGGGCUGCCCCAGCCCCCUCCUGCCCCAGCCUGGGGGUCUCACUGUGCCAAAUCCCCCCUGGGCUCCCCAGCCCAGCCUCAUCCUCACAGGGGUCUGCAGUGACCCUGGCACUGGCCCAUGGUGGCUCUGGGGCUCAGCCUGGCAUCUGCCCCUCUCCUGUUUUCUGGGGAUCUGGGGCUGUUUUGGACCCCCCGGGCUCUCUUGCGGUACAUGUGGGGCUGGGGGGGGUGGGGGGCCAGGCAAGGCAGUGCUGCACUGGGCUACAUCGCUGCCUGCCGAGGCUGGGGCUGUAGUGUCCCUGGUAGAAACCCCCCCUGCCUCCCCCAACCUCAUCCUUUUU